GUCCGGGCGGAGCGGAGGCCAGCUGGCCCCCGCGCUCCCUCAGCGGGGCCGCGGAAUCGGAGCCGACGCUCGGCUGGGGCGCGGGAGCCGGGCUCACCCGUCUAGAAAACCAGGCCUGGAUUUUAAAGGACAGCAUCACUGACUUUUAAAGGAAACCAAACCUUUGGUGGAAGUCCAGCAUAUGAAGAUACAGAAACUGCUGCAGUUGAUUCACAAUGGGAACCACAAGUGACGAGAUGGGGUCUGUGGAACAGACCUCGUCCUCCUUCAACCCUUUGUGUUUCGAAUGUGGCCAGCAGCACUGGACGCGGGAAAACCACCUGUACAAUUACCAGGAUGAAGUGGAUGACGACCUGGUCUGCCAUAUCUGCCUUCAGCCUCUGCUGCAGCCGCUGGAUACUCCCUGCGGACAUACAUUCUGCUGCAAGUGCCUCAGAAACUUCCUACAGGAGAAGGAUUUCUGUCCACUGGACCGGAAGAGACUCCACUUUAAGUCGUGUAAGAAGUCUAGCAUUCUAGUUCAUAAACUCCUGGACAAAUUGUUGGUUUCAUGUCCAUUUCCUUCAGUGUGCCAUGAUGUGAUGCAGCGCUGUGACCUGGAAGGCCAUCUUAAGAACAGAUGCCCUGGAGCUUCUCAUCGGAGAGCUGCCCUAGAGAAACGGAAAACUAGUAAGACUCAGAUGGAGAUUGAGAAUGAAAAUGGAACCACUGUCAUAGACCUUCCAGCUGCUUUAUCACCCGAAACGGACUGCUCAGGGCGGACCCUGACAUCGGCAUCCCUUCCCUCCUGGACGGAGGAGCCCGGCCUGGACAACCCCGCCUUUGAGGAGAGCCUGGCUGGGGACACCACACCACAACCACUUAGCUUACCAGAAGGUGAAAUCACCACCAUCGAAAUCCACCGGUCUAAUCCUUUUAUUCGGCUAGGAAUUAGUAUUGUGGGUGGCAAUGAAACGCCACUGAUUAACAUUGUCAUCCAGGAAGUCUACCGUGAUGGGGUGAUCGCCAAAGACGGACGCCUCCUUGCUGGAGACCAGAUUCUUCAGGUCAACAACUACAACAUCAGCAGCGUGUCACACAACUAUGCCCGGGCCGUGCUAUCGCAGCCCUGCAGCACUCUGCAGCUCACCGUGCUUCGCGAGAGGCGCUUCGGAAGCCGCAUGCACGGCCACCCCGAGGGCAGCUCGCCCCGGGAGGAAGUCUUCCCAGUGGUGCUGCACAAGCGCGACUCUGCUGAGCAGCUAGGCAUCAAACUCGUGCGCAGAACCGACGAGCCGGGAGUCUUCAUCCUUGACCUGUUGGAAGGGGGGCUGGCGGCCCAGGACGGUCGGCUGAGCAGCAACGACCGGGUGCUGGCUAUCAAUGGCCACGACCUGAAGCACGGGACGCCCGAGCUGGCUGCCCAGAUCAUCCAGGCCAGCGGGGAGAGGGUGAGUUUAACAAUUGCCAGACCAGGGAAACCCCAGCCUGGAAGCACUGUCCGAGAAGCAGGAACUCAGAGCAGCAGCCAGCACCACGCACAGACGCUGCCUUACAGUAGACCCAGCUCGCAUAAGGAUAUUGCCCAGUGUGUUACAUGCCAAGAAAAACACAUUACUAUAAAGAAAGAACCACAGGAGUCCCUUGGGAUGACAGUAGCUGGAGGCCGAGGAAGUAAGAGUGGGGAACUGCCUAUCUUUGUGACCAGUGUUCCACCUCAUGGCUGCCUUGCACGUGAUGGCAGAAUCAAGAGAGGUGACAUCUUGUUGAACAUCAAUGGCAUUGAUUUGACCAAUUUAAGCCACAGUGAGGCUGUGGCUAUGCUGAAGGCCAGUGCCACAUCCCCCACAGUGGCCCUGAAAGCGCUGGAGGUGCAGGUGGUGGAGGAGGCUACCCAGGGCCUGGACGAGCCACUCAGCGCCGUCAGUGAGAACGAGUACGAUGCCAGCUGGUCCCCGUCGUGGGUCAUGUGGCUUGGGCUGCCCAGUGCCCUUCAUAGCUGCCAUGACAUAGUCUUGCGAAGAAGCUACUUGGGAAGCUGGGGCUUUAGUAUCGUCGGUGGAUACGAAGAGAACCAUACCAAUCAGCCUUUUUUCAUCAAAACUAUCGUCCUGGGGACCCCUGCUUAUUACGACGGAAGAUUAAAAUGUGGAGACAUGAUCGUGGCUGUGAACGGCCUGUCGACCGUGGGCAUGAGCCACUCGGCGCUGGUCCCCAUGCUGAAGGAGCAGAGAAACAAAGUCACGCUGACCGUCAUCUGUUGGCCUGGCAGCCUCGUGUAGAUUUUGAAUUUGAUGUUAAGUCGAACAGCUUCCCUAUUUUUUUAGGUCUUGGAAAGAAACCCCUUUGGUUUUGUCAAGUUUCUGUUAGGGCCUGCUGACUCAGCUGGGACACACAGGGCCAAACCCACUAGGCUUGUCCUUUUGUUAUUAAUAUUUAAAUGCCUCCUCCCCCCUAGUUUGUCACAUUUCUCUCAGCUCAGAACGCGUCUUCCCCUAACCCUCGUGGGGUCACAUUUUCAGAAUCCAGGUUCUCAGUUGUCAGAAUGUGAGCUGUAAUAAAGAAUGAAGUCUGCCCAAACUGUGAGCCAGCGGGCUGCAUCAGGCGGCUUCCAGUAGCUCUGUUUUAAGUAACUGAGUCAUAAAAUGAGUUCCAUGUGCCCGAGAUGGGCCAAGUGGGCUGUCACUUGGGUGGCCAGUGCCGUGAGUGGCCGCCUGCUCAGUGUGGAGAAGCUGCUCCCCAUUUUCAUCUGUGCCAACAUUUCAAACAAUACUGUUUAAAAGGUCAUUUUUCUGGCUUAUUUUGUGUCUACUUUCAUCUCAGUACUCAUAUAUGAAGACAUAAGUCUGAGACCACUAAAGGUAUUUUUAAAAAAUAAUGUACCAUUAUU